CCGGCAGCGGGAACCGCGAUCGAGCACCGGCAUCGAACCGGCAGCGGCAUCCGGAACCGGCCGCGGGCAGCGCCCCCCGGCGCAGCCGCAGCCAUGGGGGACAUGAAAACCCCGGACUUCGACGACCUCUUGGCCGCCUUCGACAUCCCCGACAUCGACGCCAACGAGGCCAUCCACGCGCACCACGAGGAGCCCGAGACCCACGGGAAGCAGCUCCCGGGCGAGCCGGGGGCCGCCGCGGCCCCGGAGCACGUCCUGCCCCACGCCGACAUCUCGGCCGUCAGCGUCAUCGUCAAGAACACCGUGUGCCCCGAGCAGCUGGAGGGCCCCGAGCCGCGCGGCAAGGACGGGCACGGCGCGGCGCCCCGGCUGCUGCAGAACGGCUUCGGGGCCCCCGACGCGCCCCGGUCGCCCGGCGCCCGCGCCGCCGAGGCCUCCUCCAACGGGGAGUGCUGGGCCAAGGAGAAGAAUCCCAAGGCGUUGGAUUUGUUCUCCCAUUUCAGCCCCGACCCCAGCGAGGACGGCGCCAAUCUGAUCGACAGGACCCGGGAGUGCAAAGCCAAGGAGAAAUCCCUGGCCGUGCCCUCGCUGGCGGCGUCCCCCAGCCCGUCCCUGGAUUGCAAGGAGCCCCUGGGAGGAGGCACGGAGAGCCUGGAGCCGGCGUUCCCAGCGCCCUUCCGGGCGGGAGCGGCCGGCGACGGAGCCCACCCCGUGGCCUGCGUCAAGAAGGAGGAAUCGGACUCGGAGGAGGCUCCGGCCCGGGGCUGCAGCCCCAAGGGGCUGGUGCUGGAUCACCUCAAGUCCGUCACCGUCCGCUACUCGGCCGAGGAUUCUCCCGUGGCGGCGUGGCCGGGAUCGGAGCCGGCGGCGCUGGACGGCGGCGCCGCGGCCGAGCUCAAACGCUCGCCCGGGAGCCCUCGGGAGCCCUUCUCCUCCCCGGGCAUUCCCAUCCCACCUUCCCCCAAGCAGCUCUCCUUGAAGGAAGAGCGGGAGAUGCUGGGGAAGUCCAUGGGGAGCCCUCCCAGCGUUUCCAGCGGCGAGGAGGAGGACGAGGAGGAGGAGGAGGAGGAGGAGGAGGAGGAAAGCACCCACUCGCCGUCCUCCAGCUCCUCGCGGCCGCUCAAGGUGCGCAUCAAAACCAUCAAGACCUCCUGCGGCAGCAUCACCAGGACGGUCACCAGGGUGUCCUCAGACUCGGAGCCACCCUCCACCAAACUCCCGAGCGAGCAGAAUUCCCAGGAGCCCUUGGAAAGUCCCGCCGGCGUCGCCGCGGAGGCGGCGGCCAAGGAGAGGUCGGAGCUCUGCAGCCCUCUGAAAAGCGCGGAAGGGCCCAAGAUCGUCAGCGUCCAGCUGGGCAACGGCACGAAGCUGAAGGGGACGGUGCUGCCCGUGGCCACCAUCCAGAGCGCCAGCAGCGCCAUGCUCAUCGCCGCCAGCGUGGCCCAGCAGAAAUCCGUGGUUCUCCCGGGGAAAUCCGGAAAAUCCGUGGCUAAGAACAUCCUCAGCCUGGUGCCCCAGGCCCUGCCCAAGGGGGACGGCCGGGCCAACGGCGGCGCCAAGGCCAACGGCGGCGCGGCGCCGCCCAAAGCGGCGCCCGGCGUGGCCGGCACCGUCAUCUCGCGCAGCCAGUCCAGCCUGGUGGAGGCCUUCAACAAGAUCCUCAACAGCAAGAACCUGCUGCCCACCUACAAACCCAACCUGAGCCCCCCGGCCGAGUCCAGCCUGGCCCUGCCGCCCUCGGGCUACCGCUGCCUGGAGUGCGGCGACGCCUUCGCGCUGGAGAAGAGCCUGGCGCGGCACUACGACCGGCGCAGCAUGCGCAUCGAGGUCACCUGCAACCACUGCACCAAGCGCCUGGUGUUCUUCAACAAGUGCAGCCUGCUGCUGCACGCCCGCGAGCACAAGGACAAGGGGCUGGUGAUGCAGUGCUCGCACCUCGUGAUGCGGCCCAUCGCGCUGGAGCAGAUGAUCGGCCAGCCCGACAUCACCCCCCUGGCGUCGCUGGCCCUGCCGCCCGGCAAGGUGGCCCAGGAGGGCGGCGCCGCGGCGCAGGAGCUGCCGGUGCUGCCGCUGGGCGCGGAGCAGAGCAGCUACAGCUGCUUCAGGUGCCUGGAGUGCAAGGAGCAGUGCAAGGACAAGGCCGGGCUGGCGGCGCAUUUCCAGCAGGUCGCGGUGGCCACCAGCAGCAGCAGCACGGUGUGCUCGGCGUGCCCCAUGAUCCUGCCCAACCGCUGCAGCUUCGGCGCGCACCAGCGCAUGCACCGCAGCCGCCCGCCCCACGUCUGCCCCGAGUGCGGCGGCAACUUCCUGCUGGCCAACUUCGAGUCCCACCUCAAGGAGUCCUGCCUGCACUUCUCCCGCAGGGUGGGCUACAGGUGUCCCAGCUGCUCCGUGGUUUUCGGCGGCGUCAAUUCCAUCAAGUCCCACAUCCAGAGUUCCCACUGCGAGGUUUUCCACAAGUGUCCCAUCUGCCCCAUGGCCUUCAAGUCGGCGCCCAGCGCCCACGCCCACGUGUACACGCAGCACCCCGGCUUCAGCAACCAGCAGUCCAAGAUGAUUUACAAGUGUGCCAUGUGCGACACGGUGUUCACGCACAAGCCGCUGCUGUCGUCGCAUUUCGACCAGCACCUGCUGCCGCAGCGCGUCAGCGUCUUCCGCUGCCCGCAGUGCCCGCUGCUCUUCGCCCAGAAGCGCACCAUGCUCGAGCACCUCAAGAACACCCACCAGCCCCAGAAAUCCAAGGACGACUCUUGCAAGAAAUCGCCGGCUCUGCUGACGCCCAAGCCGGAGCCUCUGGAGACGCCGCUGUCCAAGAACUCGGAGGAUUCCUCGAGCUCCACGGAGGAGGACGAGCCGCCGAGCUCGCCCGAGCUGCGCAAAGCCAAGCGCAGCCGGUUCCAGCGGAAAUCCGGGAGCAAGGCCAAGGGCAGCGGCUGGAGCUGCGGCGUGUGCCACUCGUGGUUCCCCGAGCGCGACGAGUACGUGGCGCACAUGAAGAGGGAGCACGGCAAGUCCGUGAAGAAGUUCCCGUGCCACCUGUGCGAGCGUUCCUUCUGCUCGGCGCCGAGCCUGCGCCGCCACGUCCGCGUCAACCACGAGGGCAUCAAACGCGUCUACCCCUGCCGGUACUGCACGGAGGGGAAGAGAACCUUCAGCAGCCGCCUGAUCCUGGAGAAGCACAUCCAGGUGCGGCACGGGAUCAAGGUCACGGACCCCGCCCGCAGCCAGGAGGUCGUCAUGGCCCGCGGGCCCCCCGGCCCUGCCCAGGCGCCGGGCCGCAAGCGGAAGCUCUCGUCGGACGAGUCGUGCAGCGAGGAGCCCGACAGCACCACCCCCCCCGCCAAGAGCCCCAAGGCCCCGUUCCGCUGCCGCAAGUGCGGCUUCCUGGCCGGGAGCCGGGCGGAAUUCCAGGCCCACAUCCCGCAGCACCGCACGGACGGGAAUUCCCAGCAGUGCCGGGAGUGCGGCCUCUGCUUCACCUCCCACGUCUCCCUCAACCGCCACCGCUUCAUCUCCCACAAGAAGAAGAAGGGAGCCGAGCCCGAGGAGUCCUCGGGGAGCGCUUCCCAAGGGAGCCACGGCGGGAAUUCCGGCGGCGCCGCGGCCGAGGGGAAGCUGGAAUGCAAAGUCUGCGGGAGGGGCUUCGAGAGCCAGCUCAACCUCAAGACGCAUUUCCGGACCCACGGAAUGGCCUUCAUCCGAGCCCGGCAGGGAGCCGAGGAGAACUGAGCCUUCCCGGGAAUCCCGGGAAUCCCGGAAUCCCGGGAUCAGCCCCGAGGAGAACUGAGCCUUCCCGGGAAUCCCGGAAUUCUGGGAUCAG